UUACUUAUUUAUUUAUUUAAUUUUGGCACAUUGCUAGAUUUUUAUCCUUCACAUGCAGAUGUAUGCCUAAUGAGAUGAAAAUCAAGCCCCCCCCACCCCCACCCCCCCGCUGAUCUGAAGUUCUGGCCCCUUGUCUCUGCAGGCGGUGACCCUGGGUCUCUCCUUAGUCUCAAAGAAGCAAAGUGUGAGUGAGUGAAAAACUGGGAAGGGAAAGGAAGGAAGUGCAGCGAGUUUGCUCAAAUGUACCAACCGGAGGAACGCCUGGGACUUGUCGCAAGGCGCCUCGAGGAAAAGUGGGUAAAGUGGGUGGGGAGCAGGCUCAGAGGAAGCAGAGAAAGUAGGACGCGGACAAGCAGAAGCAGCGGCUGGGGGCUUUUCCUCAGGUUGACAUUAAAAUGAAUGAUAUGCAAACGAAUGCAAAGCAUAUGCGAACGCCGGCCCCGAUGGCAGUGGGGAGAGCGGGAUCCUGAGCCCACUUGCCGCAGGUCGCCUGGCGCCUUGGGGACCAAGGCCGAGCGCGGCGGGUGGAGCGCGCCCCCUGCCGGCAGAACGCGCAGGUGGCCCGGGUACCCCGAAGGGCUUGCGAAGGGGGUGAGGGGGGGUGCGGCGGCCGAAGGAGGGGCGCCCGCCUCCCCGUCCCGGAGUAGACACCGCGGCUCCGGGAGCAGCGACGCCGUCGGGCUGCGACUGCUCCGAGGUGGGUGUGUGCGGUGCGCUCAGCUCGCCCGCCCUCCCGGGGCGCGGCCUGCGCGGGGCGGGGGCGCACAGCUAGGAGUCCGCCCCGCACCGGGUUGCCCCGCGCCGCACGCACUGGCUACGCGCUGGGACUCCUCGGCCCGUUCCCACUCCACGGCCCCGCUCUCCUGCAUCCGUACGGGGGUCCCACGCGCGGCCUGGCGCUCCUGAGGUCCCUACGUCCUGAGUCGGACCCCAUAGCCAAGUCCGCCGGGCGCGUCCCGGGGCCCCUCGGCCACCCGGGCGGUGGAGGCGGGAGCCGCUCUGGGCAUUGGGCGGCGCCGGGCGCACGGAACCGGGCCUCUCUCCGGCGGCCGGCGCCCCGGGGCGGAGCGAGCGCGAUGGGCGUCGGGCUGGAGGCAGGUGGCGCAGCGGCGGCGGGGCGCGGGAGGCGGGGGCGGAGCGCGCGGGGCGGGGGCCGCGGGACUCGGUGAGACGCGCGGGCGAGCGCGCGGCAGCAGAGCCGAAAGCACGGCGGCUGGACCCGGCGGCCGCCGAGGCCGAAACCACCCGGGCAGCGUGCGGGCUUUGUUCCCGCGCUGGGGGCCGAACGCACUCGGCAUGGCCCAGGCGGUCGCCCCGCGCGCCCCGACCCCGCCGCGCGCCUGAGCCCCGCGCAGCGCGAGAAGACAGCGUACGGAUCGCCCCCAAGUUAUGGAGGUGGCGACCCAGUGAGAAGGAAAAGCCACUUCGGGAGCCGGGUUGCGAGAGAGCUACGGUCCCCUGGAGCUCCAGACCCUCACAGGAAGGAGAAGGCUGCAGCAAUGCCAGACUCCCCGGCUGAAGUGAAGACGCAGCCCCGGUCCACACCCCCCAGCAUGCCGCCCCCACCUCCCACCUCAUCCCAGGGAGCCACACGACCACCCUCCUUCACACCUCACACACAUGGCGAGGAUGGACCUGCGACGUCUCUUCCCCAUGGCCGUUUCCACGGCUGCUUAAAGUGGUCCAUGGUCUGUCUCUUGAUGAACGGCAGCAGCCACUCACCCACGGCCAUCCACGGUGCCCCAUCUACACCCAAUGGCUUCAGCAACGGCCCAGCCACCUCAUCCACGGCCUCGCUCUCCACACAGCACCUGCCCCCGGCGUGCGGGGCACGGCAGCUCAGCAAGCUUAAGCGUUUCCUCACCACCCUACAGCAGUUUGGCAGUGACAUCUCACCUGAGAUCGGGGAGCGCGUGCGCACACUGGUGCUGGGCCUGGUGAACUCAACUCUGACGAUCGAAGAGUUUCAUGCCAAGCUCCAGGAAGCCACCAACUUUCCACUGAGGCCGUUUGUUAUCCCUUUUCUGAAGGCUAAUCUUCCACUGCUGCAGCGUGAGCUCCUGCACUGUGCCCGCCUGGCCAAACAGACACCUGCCCAGUACCUGGCCCAGCACGAACAGCUGCUGCUGGACGCCAGCGCCACCUCCCCUGUCGACUCGUCUGAGCUCCUGCUGGAAGUCAACGAGAACGGCAAAAGGAGAACACCUGACAGGACCAAAGAGAAUGGAUCAGACCGGGACCCUCUGCACCCCGACCACCUCAGUAAGCGGUCCUGCACCCUGAGCCCCGCCCAGCGCUGCAGCCCCAGCAAUGGGCUGCCCCACCCGACGCCACCCCCACCCCCGCACUAUCGCCUGGAGGACAUGGCCAUGGCCCACCAUUUCCGGGACUCCUACCGCCAUCCUGAUCCCCGAGAGCUACGGGAACGCCACCGGCCCCUGGCCAUACCUGGGUCUCGACAAGAAGAAGUGAUUGAUCACAGGCUCACAGAACGCGAGUGGGCAGAAGAAUGGAAGCACCUCAACAGUGUGAGUGCCCAGCUUCUGAACUGCAUCAUGGACAUGGUGGAGAAGACCCGGCGAUCCCUCACCGUCCUGCGCCGGUGUCAGGAGGCCGACCGUGAGGAACUCAACCACUGGAUCCGGUGCUACAGUGACUCUGAGGAGGGGAAGAAGGGCCCUACCCCCAUCUCUGCCCGGUCCCUCAACAGCUGCAGUGGCCCUGAGGGGUCUCAGCUAGAUGUUCACCGGGACUUCACGCCCAGGACCCUGUCUGGCUACAUGCCUGAAGAGAUCUGGAGGAAGGCUGAAGAAGCUGUGAAUGAGGUGAAGCGCCAGGCCAUGUCAGAACUACAGAAAGCUGUGUCUGAUGCGGAGCGCAAAGCCCAUGAACUCAUCACCACAGAGCGUGCCAAGAUGGAACGAGCCCUGGCGGAGGCCAAGCGACAGGCCUCGGAGGAUGCCCUGACUGUCAUCAACCAGCAAGAGGACUCCAGCGAGAGCUGCUGGAACUGCGGGCGCAAGGCCAGCGAGACGUGCAGUGGCUGUAACGCCGCCCGCUACUGCGGGUCCUUCUGUCAGCACAAAGACUGGGAGAAACACCAUCACGUGUGCGGCCAGAGUCUGCAGGGCCCCGCGGCUGCAGUGGCUGACCCACUACCUGGACAGCCUGACGCCACUGCCAGCCCCAGCGAAGCCGGCUCGGCAGGGCCCUCUCGUCCCUGCUCUCCGGGGCCGCCAGGCCCGCUGGACGCUGCUGUGCCCCGCUGACCUCCAGAUCUGACACCCAGCCCAUGGACGCCAUGCCCUGCCAACCUCCUGGCCCCACCGUGGCCCACCAGUUGCCUGGAGCCAUUGCUGCUACUGCUUCUCUCCAAAAGAAAACACAGAUCCAACAGAACUGCAUCCGUGCAGCCCCAGCUACCUGACAAGGUCUGCCGGGACCUCUACAGCCUCUCGUCCAUCGCAAGCACCCUCAGAAAGCAUCGCAGAGCGUCAGACAGUGGCACCAGCAGGAGUGUGGCCAGCUCCGCCGCUGUCUGUCCCCUCUGUGUCCGUCUCUCUGUGUCCGUCUGUCUUUCUGCGUCUGCCUCUCUCUGUGUGUCUCUCCGUGUCUUUGUCUCCUGCCGUUUCCCUGACUCUCCGGCGUCUCUGUCUUUGUAAAGUCCACAUGAUCUCUCUGUCAUCAGAGAAACCUAGUUGGUAGCUUUUCUUUUCCAUGAAGAACUUUUGGAGAUUUUGUUUUGUUUUGUUGGCAAACAAGCUACUUAGAAAUGGACAAAGAAGACUGUGGGGUUCUCCCCAUUCCUCAUGAGUAAGGGAAGAAACUGUGAUUUUUCUAUCCAGAGUUGCUGUAUCGCCCAGCCAGCCCCAGGGGCAUCAGCGAGCACACAGCAGAGAUAAUGAGAGCAACUGCAAUUUCCAACUUAAGAAGCAGCUUUUGUUUCAGGUUUUACUCCUUUAAUGUCAAACUCUUUGGCUUUAAGUGAAAAAAAAAAAAAGGAAAAAAAAAUCCAAAAAGUUUUUUUUUUUUUUAAGCAAAAGAAACACACCUGUAAACUACCUUGCCAGCUAGCCAGCCAAGGAUGCCAGACACACCUCGCUCCAAAGGAAGCCCAAAAAAGCAAACUCAAGAAAUUGAAAUCCAAAAUUUAUUUUUAUCACUGCCAAAGUAUUUUCUUCAUGGUCUCUCCGCCCUGGGUUGGUUUGCAUGUCAGUCUUUGAUUUGGGUUUUGAUUUUGUUCAGGGGGUGUUGGGAUGCUGGGAUUUGGUGGGUGGGGCCAAGAAGAAACCUUUUGUUCCUUUUUGACUAGUAGGCAGCAUCCUUGCUGGGCAGAGCCAUCGGCAGCAAGGCCACGUGACCCUCAGCACCGCAUCCAGAAGCCCCAGUCAGCGUGAGCCUGAGCGUUGUGUGCCCUAGGGCUCCGUCCAUGCGUUCCCUACAUGCAAGGGAGGCACCUCCUUCCAUCGGUCCCCACACCUUCCUGGGACUUCUCAUAAGUCAUUUCCACUUGUGAAAAAAAAAAAAGUGCUAAAGUGCUCUUCCCAGAGAGAGCACACUUCCUAAACGAAACUGUGACAAUCUUUUUGGUUGAUUCUUGACUGCUUUUGAGAGCAUAAGGAGACAGCAAAUCACGCUUUCUCAGUUUUCCCUCCUCUACCUCUCUGCUCUUCCAUCCCACCCUACCUCCAUCUCGGCCCCAUCACCCUGCCCCCAGUGUCUUGCUGUGGCUACCCUCAUUUCUUUCAAACUUUUACAGAAAAAAAGGAAAAAGAAAAAAAAAAAACACGAAAGCCAGCAGCCACCCGCACCUCACCCGGAAGACUCCAGCCCGGCUGUACAUAUCCCUGUGUUGUAUCCCCAAUGUUGGUCUCCAGUCCUGGGGGUGACGGUGAUGCUUGCCCAUCUACACUCUAGCCCCUGCCCACCCUGCCCUUCGCCCGCUCGACUCCCUCAAGGAUUCAAGGAGGAAAUGAAGGAAGAAGGCUCAUGCCUGUACCAAACAAAAAGAGACAGCAGACUCAGUCCAGGUCUGCACCUCUGUUGUGGCUGCAGCAAGCCGCAGGCCUAGCGUGCAAUAUGGGGGAUUGCUCCUGAACCCUGGGCCCGGGGGGGCCCUGCCCAGAGCAAGGUGUGCAGCGUGUGUUAAUGUGAAUGUACAUAGUCUCCACAGAGGUCCCAAACCGUGGCAUCAGUACCGAGGAGAUGUUUGCCAAAUAAAAAGAAAUUAAGACAAACCACGGAAGUCUGUGAGGUUUAGGAAACGCUUUGGAAGGAGUCUGAGUCCUAUAGGCUUCUUUGGUGGCUGGUGUUUCUUCACAGCUGUAUGACCAUUGUUUAACAGAACGUUCUAUGGAUUCUGUUGGGUAGCCCGGAAUGGAGCCUGACAGCAACCCUUGCUCGGAAGGCUGGGGUAGAUCUCAUUCCCUGGAAGGUUCCCGCGGCCGCAGCCCUCCAAGGCCGCAGAGAUGUAUUCUUGUGGGUUUCAGAGAAGCCAGGACACAAGGCGGCCUCCUGCCUGCCCGCCCUUCUCUAGUGGACCAGUCCUCCUGAGCGUCUGCCUGCAAACACUGAGUCUGUGUGCUGGUAGAGCGAGACCUGCCUCCCGUCGCAAGGAGCAUCACUGGAUUCCAUUCCCAACUGUACCCCAUGCGGUACUUCUUGUCUCUGCUACUCCACUGCAUGCAGCAACCUUGGCCCUUCCAGAAGGGCAGGCCAGUGACCACUGGUAGGAAAGAGCUCUGGGUGAUGGGGUGGUGAGCACCAUGUUGGGGGGGGGGGGGAACAAAGCUAAGCCCCUCAGGUUGUGCUUAAGAGCUGUAGUCUCUAGAAGUCCGGGCCAGGAGUCCUGAGGUGGCAUUCCUGAUGACCUACGUCCCUGGUGUCAGGACUUCGGAGCACCUGCUCCUAUGUGGUCCAGAUAUUCUGAGGUAGGUCCCAAAGGGUCACCAGUUUGCUUUAGUUCAAAUACCUCCUUUCUUACCCUUACCAGCCUUACCCACCUUUUAGGAACAGAGGGCCCACCACAGACAACAAAAUGCUGCCCAGCCAAAUUCAUCUCCAUGAGCCAGGUUACAUAUUUAGGGUUUAGCAGAGACACCACCCCCCCAUCUAUACUCUAGCCGUUGGGAGCGACAGCCCCUCAAGGCGGCUGUCAGAUGGCAUUGGACCACAGUGAGUCUCCUGUGCAUGGGAUUUGACUAGCAAUUGUAGACAUCGAGGGUGAGAUGCCAUGUCUGCUAGGCAGAGCUCAGGAGUCAAGGCAAGUGCAGAAUCAGGGUGGCAGGGAGAUGGGGCUGGAAAGGGUUAGGUGUCGCCUGAGGCAAGGAGGCUGGAGGAUAAGGUGGGGUUGCUAAGCCGGGCACCGAGGCCCUGGCUAAGCUGUGAGUUGUGCUUUGACCCCAGCUACCCAGAGACCUCACAGCACAACCAGACAACCUCACAGCUUUGAAGGGACAGGGACCAUGGGUGUUCUUUAUUGGGAGGUAUACCCUGGGUGGCCAUAACCGCAGCCUACCCUUGGUUUCAACCUACAGUCUGCCUGGGGCUCUCCACAGAGCUGGGGGCGGGGCAUGGUACUCCAUCCCCAUCCCUGCUACCUUUCUCUGGUUCACACACCAUGGACCCAGGCCCUGCCUCCUGGGAACCACAGCCAAGCAUGAACCAAACCCCCUAGGCGAUGUGGCUCUCACAGAGCCUUGCUCCCCCAGAGCCUCCAACUCAGAAUACCACUUUACUUCCUGUUCUGUGGCCAAAGCUAAACCAGGAAGGCUGAGUAGGGAGGGCAGGUAGCAGGCAGAGCUCUCCAACCCCCAAGGCCCAGCCCAGAUCCCAUCUCAUGACCUUAUGGCUUCUUGGCACAAGUCCUGUGUGUCCCAGCCCUGCCUCAGACCCAGACUGGCCUUUCCGUGAGGACUACCCAAGAGACUACUUUCCAGCUCAGUCCUAAGCUCUGCUCAGGAGCGGAGGCCAGUGUUUCUCCUCCCAGGUGUGGUCACAGCUGGAUAGGAACUGGCUGAAUGACACCACAGCUCAGGUCCCACCCACUGCCUGACAAGUGAGAGGAGCCAGCCCCCAGGGGAGCACCCAGAAGGAUUCAGUUAACAGGGACAUCUGUCAGAAGACCUGAGAGGGUUAGCUGGGGAUGGAGAAGGCCAAGAAUGGGAGGCGGGGCCUCUGUGGGCAGUGUCACCUUAAGGCCACAGUGGGCAGGGAUCAGGAUGGGACCCAAAGUUUAGUUUCUCCAAAUAAAUCAUUAGGCUGACACCAAAGUAUCAUCCCGGCACCCAUCUGUCCUGGCAUCCAUCUGUCCACUCUUGUACUCCUCAGCCUAACGGACAGAUCAACGCUUUCCUGAGCUCCUCCUUCUGACACGUGCAGCCAUCUUCCCAUGAACCCGUUUGCCUCUGACCAUUCAUCAUCCUCUGCCUCCCUUCCAGCCAACUACCCCCAUCUAUCUAUCUUGACCCAUUGGCAAAUCCAUCUUUCCACCUGUCCAUUGCUCCAUCCAAACUGUCUCUCCACCCCACCAUCCCAGCAUACUAUACCUACGCCCUUACACCUUCCAGCCCCAUGCACACAACCAUGUUCCCUAUCAUCUCUCUAUUCACUGUACUCAGAGUUCUGUCAGCUCCAUCAGUGUACCAAAGACACCAGGUCCUCCUACGCCCUCUACUCUGCUUGGCCUAAACUGUCCAGGGCUGCUCUAGGAAUAUCUACCCAUGAGGCAACAGGCGUCUCCCACCCCUGGCACUCUGCCCCACCAUGGUGUUCAGAUACCUCCAGAAAUAUGAGUUCUUACCGUAGGCAUCGUGGGCAGGUUGGAUACAUUCUUGUGGCAGCUGUGACACAUCUGGAGCUGCUUGGGGAGAGAAGGGAACAAGAAUUGUGCUGUGGGGUGGGUCUGUACGCCUGCUCACGAGCUCUGGAAGCCUGGGUUAGGCAGCCACGUUCCCUGAAAUUAGGGCAAAGUCCUUGUUUCCAGGAGUCUGUCCAGAAGAGAGCAAGCCAGGGCUGGCCUCCCUUGACACCGGGGUGCUCUUAGUCCCCUGUGCCCCUGGACUUUUGUGCACCAUUCCCAUCUUCUCUGUUAGGAUCCCGAGGAGCUCAGAGUUGGACCUGUCCGGUCUGCCCCUCCUCAAUCCACGGAUGGAAAGGAGUAUUUGCUGGGUGUUUGGGACCAUUCACAAGUCCCCCUGGGAACUCCUUGCUCAUCCUGAAGCUCCUACUAUGUAGGGAAGCUUCUGAAAUGAGGCUGGGCAGAGACCCCUGGGUACCCAUCAUGCUGGCAAGAGGAAGAGAAGAUAGGGAGAGAAGCCUGAGGCGAGCUGGGCUCAGGGGGACUGUCUAUUCCUGGAGACAGCUCACAGAUAAAGCCCAGGACAGUCAACCAACAACUCGCACAAGUCCCCAAAUCCUAGAAACCUCUGUCUUGUGUUCUGUUCCUUUUCCUUCCGUUCAGCUGGCCCUUAGGGUACCAAGCCAGACUGGGAGACAGGAAUGCAGCAUCUGAGUCAAAGCAUGGCCUGCUCAGCACAUCCUCCUGCUCCCAACCCAGACAAGAGGCCCAGGAGCCCUCAGCUCACACCAUACCUGGGGUGAGCAUAGCAUCACACAGCCUGCCUGGGGAGCCACUGCUUCUCCCCCUACAGGAGCUGGGAGGAGAGUACUGGAUGUUUUGUUCAUGAAAAGCUGUGUUCCAUGCCCUACACAUCUAUCUGGGUGCUGGGUCCCGCCACCCACCUCUAUCUACUGCUGUCCUAUAUGUUUGCCCUGUGGGCCACGGAUGUGGCGAUCAGGUUAAUUACAUCUGUGUAAUAAAGUAAGCAUUUGCUACGA